AAGCAAUCAACAUAUAGAUUUUUAAAGGUGCAUUUAUAGUCAAACAGAUGUAAAUAAUAAUAACUUAUUAAAAUAUUUAUAUAAAUGUUUAAAUUGUUCAAUAAUAAUAUUUGAAAAUUUCCGACCGUACAUACGAAAAACAUUUAAUACAAUGAAUCCGUCACUGAGCUAUGAGAUUCUGUGUUAUUUAAACUCAUUUUACUUUGGAAUGUUUGCCGCUUGUGAAAUAGGAAUGGGAAUUCUAAAGGCAAUAAACUUAAAAUAUCCUGAUAAUACCUUAUUUCAAGAAGCAAUAUUGCUAGUACUUUUAUUGUUUUUAGAAACAAUUCGUAUUAUUAUGGGACGCAAAGGAAGUUUGAGUGAGCAUGUAUGGCAGGUUUUCGUUUCGGUUAUCUUAAUUAUUCCAUGUGGAAGCGGUGUAUUUUAUUUUCUUGUGAUGCAGACGCAUAAACUCAAAUUGGAGAUUUUGAUGUUAAGUCUAAUGUUCAUUUUGGAAUUCAUUGAACUUUUUUUUGCAAUCAUGUUUUUAUUUACAAUGUGUCGCCCACCAACAUACACCUAAUUAAACCACAAAAUCUUAAGUUUUUUUUAUCACAUUUCGAAGACGAUAUUAUGCUGGAGAUGUUGUCCGUGGGUGGGCAUAGCUUAUUGAUGUAAAAGGCAUUCCGCAUAAAAAAAAUGUUAUAAAAUAUAAAAAACUGCUGAAAAAAUAGUUCUGUGCGGAAUGCGGUAUAAUAUUUCGUUCUUCUGAACAAAUACUUUUACUAUUUUUAUUGAUUUCACUGAAAUUGCACAGACUUUAUUCGUGUAUGGAAUACAUGGAAGGAUUGUUGAUUUUUUAAACCAAAAAUUUAAACUAGUCACGUUACUUAAGCAUAUACAUUAAAUAAGUUUUAUGUUAAUUUAUUCAUUUGGUGUAUUGAAAAAUAAAUUUUAUAGUUGUCUUAA